CAAAGAUCGAAAUCCACGAGGAAAGAUUAAAAUGACUGCUAUUUUUGGUGCAGUUUGAAAAUCGGUGGAGGAUAUUUAUUUCCGGUCGAGGUAAUUAGUUCCCGAACGAGCCGAUGUGAUCUUGGGAGGGGGGUUGAUCUCCACACCGACUUCUUUCUUUGGCCGUGACAGGAUGAGGAGAAGGUCGCGGGAGGGGAGCGCACAUGUUCGGAUGUUGCUCCUCCUGAUUGGACACACGGACUGAGCGGCUCGUGUCAUCGCUGCUGGAGGGGUGAGACAAGGAGCUGUUUGGGACGCUUUAAAAUCUGCGGCCUGCUCUGGUCUCCAGUUACCGCAAUGCCACUGGCGAGAGGAGGGAGAGGUGGAAGGCAGAAGAUGGAGAGGAGGGAGCAGCAAAAAGCCAAUAACAAUGACAUACAGCUGCAAUAAUAAAGCUCCGUCUGUGUCAUUUUAAGACUGCACUAGUGGCCUGUGAACUGCAUGGGAUGAAACACACACUGUAUUGACUCAUGCUAUCUCAGUAUCAUGGCUGAAACGUCAUAUGAGGUGAGUACGGUGGCUGCGAGUGUGUAGUGGCUGCUCAAUUCUCAACUUUCUGCUGACAAAGUUCUUGGACUCACUUACUGGACUACAGUGCGCACCAUGGGGCAUUGCGCAGAACCUAUGGCACCUGCCAGUGGAGAGCUUGGUGCAUAAUUGUGACAGAGUGGAGCUCUGAAGCCAGCAUUUAUGUCUCUCCUCUUCUGCUCGCCCCCACUUCUACCCACACAACCAAACUUUGUUCUAUGAGCCCAGUGUAAGCGUGAAAGCCGCCUCCUCCGCACACACCGACGAGCCUGACAUGCCUUCGCCGUCAGAUUCCAGCAGCGUGGCUUCAGCCUCAGGGUCUCGAGGCUGGUCGGACAGCCGCAGGGGGAUGUCGGGCCGAGGGCCUGGUGGGGCUCGGCUGCUCCUGUACCUGGGGCUGUGCCACCUGGGCCUGGGGGCCAUGGUCCUGGCCUUCUCCUUCACCAGCAUGGCCUUCACCUCCUCAGCCCGUGUGAGGCAGUCCUGUCCUUUCUGGGCUGGCUUCUUUGUGGUGGCUUCAGGGAUAGUUGGAAUAAUCUCAUGGAGGAGACCACUGACCCUUGUGGUGUCACUGUUCAUGCUGCUGUCUGCAGUGUGUGUGAUCCUCAGCCUGGCCGGCUCGAUGCUCUCCUGUCAGAACGCACAGAUGGUCAAGUCCAUGCUCACCUGCCAGGUGGAGAAUGGUGUGUGCGUGUGCUGUGCGCCCACUCACUCCUGCUCCAUCACAGAGGAGGAGACCCUGGUGCUCUACCUGAACGCAGACUGUCACUCAGUCAGGCAUCAGCUGAAGGAUCUUUUGUUCAGUGCGUGCGGUCUCAGCAUUCUCUCCACCAUCAUCUGUACUCUGUCCACUGUGACGUGCAGCAUCCACAUAUUCUCUCUGGACCUUGUGCACCUGCUGGCCCCACAUCGCUCUCGUUCAGUCAACCCAGAAUGCACCACUCCUCAGGAUGCCUUCCUGACCAAUAUCAUGGAUUUUGAGGAGUUUGUCCCACCCAUCCCUCCACCUCCGUACUAUCCUCCUGAGUACACCUGCAGCUCUGAAACAGACGCUCAGAGCAUCACCUAUAAUGGCUCCAUGGAGAGCCCUGUUCCUCUCUACCCCACUGACUGCCCCCCUCCUUAUGAGGCUGUGAUGGGACAAAGAGCUGCAAGCCAGGCCACAGUGUUUGACCCCCACGGCACUGAGCUGUCUGGAGACAGAGGGACUUCAACAGCCUUCAGUGGAGAAGUGUCCAUGGACAGUGGAUCUCUGCUGAUGUCAGAGAUUGUGGACAUCCCUGAUGACUCCUCUCCAUCUGAGGACUCCUGUCUCAUGGAGGUCGGCCUGAGGACCCACGGGGACAGGGCCAACAGGAACGCUGGUGAGGGAGGAGACGGAGGAGAAAGUGGGGAGUACAUCAGUUUUCGUGGUCCUCCGUCUCAGACGCCAGAGAGUCCUCUGGCAGGAGGACCGAGAGCCAGACGCUUCCUGAGAGGAGAGAGGUCCAAUUCGUGCUCUUCACCCAGCACAGCAACCACCACAUACAGGUCUCCAGUACUGCGUCGCCAGGCUAUGCUAGCUAGUAGUUGUUCCCAGCUGGAAGCAAUAGGAAAAUCUGCCUCUUCACAGCAAACCUCCGUCGCAGAGUUUCGAGUUCGCCCCUCCACUCCAACACACCAAGGAGGUGCACCAACCUCCUGUGCUCCUCCCAUUUCAUCCUCCUCAGCUGCCAGUGAGCAGAGUGGUGAUCAGGGUAAUGGGCCACCCCUCCCAGGUCAACCGCUGUACCUUCGACGAAGGGCUGGGAAGAAUGAAAAGGAUGGAGAGGGUGUCAGAAGGAAUAGUGAGGCGCUCCUUCGUCUUGUGAGGUCACACAGUGAGCCAGGCCUCGGCUCCUCCACUGAUACAGUUGACUUUGGCUCUGGAGGCAGCAAAGUAUCUAUAGACACGGGUCCGUCCUCUGAGGCGUGUCUGCUGCCCCGCACCUCUUUGCCUCCUGCUGCAGCUCUGCCGAGGAAAGGCAGCGUGAAAUCAGCAGCCACAGGAGUGCAGGUCCCCUCCAAACCUCCCCCCACCUCUCCACUGCGUUUACCUAAAGACUGUCACCGUUCCCUCGGAGACCUUAAGGUGACUCGGGGUCUGGUUGCUCGCUUCCUGCAGCGCUCCAAACGCAACCUGUCGCCCUCCUCCGAGCAUGCUGGGAGCACAGGGCAGGGACCUAAAAGGAGGAGUGGAGUUGAGGGCACUGCCACCAACCACCUGCCCUUGGAACAAGUGUUUCUGACCCCUUGGAACGCCACCCGAGGACAUCACACCCAUCACCCCCAUCGCCGUGGACACCACCAUUCCCAUAGUGACAGUCGACACAACCGGCACCACAGCGGUCGCGUGCCAGAGGGGAUCCACCUGCGCAGCUGUGGAGAUUUAAGCUCCUCGUCCUCCUUGUCACUACGUCGGUUAGUGACACCUCAUCCACCGCAUGGGUCAUCGGGAGCGCUCUACUCGGAGUCUGCGCUGUGAGGAGGGUGAAGGAGGAGGAAGAUAGGAGGCACACGAGUAGACAUGGUGGUAUGGAGGAUUAGAGGAAGUAAGGCAGGUUGAUGAAAAGGAGGCACUGUAGUGGAGAUAUCUGUCUUCCCUCCUUCUCCUCUUUGUCAUCUCUGUUUCCUGAAGCCAACUGUGCAAAUGGCCUUAUUCAGUGGUGCUCUUUAUCACUCUGAACAUCAGCCCAGAGCUCACACGACUCCACUGUUCAACAUCAGUGAUCACUAGAUGCUUAUUCUGGGCAGAAAAAAAAAAAAAAUCAGAGACAACCAACCAGAAGCACCUUUUUCUGCUGUAUUCUCCACUUCACCUCUAAAAGAAAACACCUGGAAACAUAAGACUGGAGACAGAACUCAGCUAGCGUUCAUGCUACAACAACAACUCACAUGUACAUUCAGUCUAUUACAUAUUUAUGGGUUGCAAUAUGCUUCUGGCCCUUUUGUACAUUGCUAUUCAUCCACAGGAUCGCUCAGGUGAAGUGAUCACAAAAACCCUUAUUUUGUCUUCCAUUAAUAAAGAAAAAAAGCAUCUAAAUAAACAUAGUUAGCUGAUAACAAUGUAAGAUAAACAAAUGAGGUUGCACACAAGGACAAAUGCUCUUAACCGAGAUGCUAAUUUUGUCUUUUUCUUUUUGCAAUUCCCACUUUCACCAUGUUUUUUCACUUCCACACUGGCCUUUGAGAAAAAAAAAAAAAAAAAAAAAAGACAGCCAGCAUUUUUAACACUGACAUUAAUGCACGCCACAGACACAUGCUCAGCCUUUGAAACGUAAUCUCUGUGGGUGGCCCCCUGGACGCAGUGGUUUGAUUUGCAUAUGUGCAUGUUUUGCUACAGCCUUUCCAAGUACAGCAGGAACCUUGUGCAUUUGAUCCUGACCGUCUGUGUAACUAAAUAACAUGUCCUCCGAAUGUCUUUAUCUGCAUGUUUUUGACAAUGCUUCUUACUUUUUUUCCUCUUGCACCCAAGACCUAUGAUAGUAGCCAUUUGAAAUGUGUUUGUGUUUAUAAGUAGCUGAAGGCGAAGGUCGGAGAUGCGCACUGCUCCCAAAGUUUUCUGCCAGAUGGCUCCAAACAGGCCUCUGCAUCCUAAUUUGAUUUUGAUAGGGUCUGAGUAUGUUUCAAGUUCACACGUGUAGUUGUGACAUUGGCUUUAAGAUAUGAGGUUUAAAUUGCACUCUGACUCUAAUGACAUGAAGAGUCUUUUGCAAUAAAUGUACGGACAAAUUUGAUAUGCAGUUGGGUGUCAUGGGUGGUAAAUCAAAAAAAAAAAAAGAAACUUUGGACUGCUGAUGCUGAGCAAACGAUGGGCCUGGCAGCUCUGAAGUAUAAAUAUUAAUGUCAGACUGGAGUUUUAUUCUUUGGAAAGUCUUUUUGGUGUGUUCACUAAGUGAUGAUAUUGACUCCAUAUCAGCAAAAGGCACAUUUUGGAUACAGUCAUAUGUAUGUACCUAAUUUUAAUAAUGUACACGCAUACACACUUUGCCUGCACAUGGAAAACAGGCACACCCAUACACUCCCUUAUUGUUAAGGCACUGAGCUGUAUUUCUACCUCCUGUCUUGCAUAAAACAUUAUUUAUUUGAAGAAAUGUAUAUCUGUAUGGCAGGCUUAACAGGAUAGAGCCUUGAAACCUGAAUAAUAAAUGUAUCUAAAUAUGACACCUAUUCCAGAUUUUAAAUGCAGUGUCAAUGGCAAAACUUUCAAUGCAAGUUAUGUAUUUGAAAAUAUGAA